GUUGACCGAAUCCUUGACGCUCCGUUCGUUAGCCGUCAAUUGGAUUUUCGGCGACGUUCGACCGUAACAUAGAGUCAGGGGCAACUUCCGUGACAAAGUGUAUGGAGAUGUUGGAAGCUGCUUGAUAGACACAAAUGUCAUUUGCCUGCUGCCUACCAACUGUUCAAUGUGUGUAUUGCUUAGGGUGCGCCCAUUGGGCACGGAAGAAGUUCUACUACACUGCUGGCCGCGAAAGCGAAAACUGGCGCCUUGCGACCCCCGAUGACAAGCUCGGGCAGGCUACGUUUGACGGGGGGUUUGUUCACAACGGCCUCUUGAAGUCGGCUCAAUGGGUCGUAGAUAAAGAUUCGAAGCUUUUGGGAGAACUAAUUGCGGGACAUCCAAACUACACCUUGACAUUGGCCGGGCAUUCUCUAGGGGCGGGUGUGGCGACCAUGUUGGCAAUGUUGGCUGCGAAGAACGGUGAGCGAUUCGGGAACAUAGAACGAAGAAUGAUCAAGUGUUUCUCCGUUGCCCCGACAAGGUGUGUGUCACUAGAUCUCGCAAUGAGAUAUGCAGAUGUCAUCAGUUCUGUUGUAUUGCAGGACGAUUUCUUGCCUCGGACAAGACUGGGACAGGAAAAUGCCUUCAAGACACUUUUCUGUUUACCAUGUGUGCUCUGCAUAAUGUGCUUGAAAGACACAUUCAUGGUGGAGGAGAAGAAGAAGCUUAAAGAUCCAAGAAGCCUCUACAUUCCCGGUCGUCUUUAUCACAUAAUUGCCCGGGAACGCUUCAGUUCCACAGACAUACCACCUAUUGUCAAGACAUGUAUACAAGUGGAUGGAAGAUUUGAAAGCAUUGUUGUCUCUUGCAACAUGAUGACCGAUCACGCAAUUAUGUGCAUAUUGACUGAAUCCGAAAGGACACUUGGUACAAUGCUGGAGAGAGACGAUGCCAUGUCUAUUCCCGAGCAACAGAGAAUGAAGCGAUAGGCAAAGGCAUCUCUUCCCGCAGACAUGACCAGAAG